AUGAAGUUCUCCAUGGUCCUUGUGCCCAUCCUCGCUGGAUUCGGCCUGGCGGGAGUUGUGCGUCAGAGAGAAGAAUCUGCUGCAAACGCGGCCGACGUUGCGGAUGCUGCCAGUGCUGCCAAUGCUGCGGACAGUGUCAACGCAGCCGAUGUUACAAACAGUAUCGAGGCUGCUACUGAUGCGGAAGUAUGCUGCAACACAACUCCCUGUUUCAUUGGAUGCCCAGUCAAUGGAGUGUUUGUGCUCUGCUGUUAA